ACAGCUUCCUCCUGCAGCCACACCUUCCUUCUUCACCAAAGUGGCGAGACGUACACACACACACAUCAUGGAGGUCCUGAUCAUUGUCCUGUUGGCGUGUGUGGUGGCUGGCCGGCCUGAGGCGGCCCCACGUCCCCUCCCGCAGUCUGGCCUCGGAUACGGAGGCCUCGGACGGGGUCUUGGAGGCCUUGGGGGCCUCGGACGGGGUCUUGGAGGCCUUGGAGGCCUCGGAGACAUAGGAUCCGGUUACGGAGGCAUUGGCCCUGGAUUCGGAGGCUUUGGUUCCGGUCUUGAAGGCCUCGGGUCCGGUCUCGGAGCCCUCGGGUCCGGUCUCGGAGGCAUUGGCUCCGGUUAUGGAAACACCGGAUCUGAUUAUGGAGGUCUCGGGUCCGGUUACGGAGGCAGCGGUUCAAAUUACGGAGGCAUCGGAUCCGGAUACGGAGACACUCGUGCCGAUUAUGACGGCACUGGCUCUAGUUACGGAGGUCUUGGAUCCGGAUACGGAGACACCCGUGCGGAUUACGGAGGCAGCGGUUCCAAUUACGGAGGCAUCGGAUCUGGUUACGGAGCUCCUGGUUUUGGUUACGGAGGGAUCGGGUCCGGAUACGGAGGCACUGGAUCCGAUUACGGAGGCAUCGGGCGCGGUAUUGGAGAUUACAGAGAUGAUCUUUAUGGCUAAGAUGCCGCCAGCAGCAUCCAGAGAAGGCCUCCCACACCCCUAGUGAAGACUCGAGCAUCUCAACAGUUCUCAAAAUGCUAUCAACAAAAAAAACAGGAAAACCCCAUAAAUCAUGCCAUUAAAGAAUAAUAUCCUUGUGAAAUUAAAUCUAUCAGAAUCA